AUGGCAUCUAUUCUGAAUCCAGAUUUUUUUGAUCAUGGACAAGACAUAACUGUUUGGUUGAUGAGAAUUAAAGAUGUACCAACAACUCUUAACGUAUUUGAUACAAGUGAUGGAGUGUAUUAUGCCGUCAACAUAUCAAGUGGAGAACUCAUCAGUAAACAUCGCAUAGAUUUAUUCAAUGGUGACUUGGUAGAAUUGAAUGGUGUCAUUCUGCCAUUGUCGGCCGGCGAUGACUUUCUACUCAUUGGAGGCAAUAUCACUGAUGUUGGCGAAUCUUAUAUUCCAAUCAUUUGGUCAUAUAAUGUAUUGAGCAAGACAAUUGUUCAAAAGUCUUUUAUAAAAGAAAAGUUUCCACAAUUUGAUUACCAAUGGAGUCCUCAGAUAGCAUCAUAUGAUUCAAUCAACAAUAUAGUUUACUUGAAUGCUGAUUUAAAUGGAGGGCCUGUGUUACUCAAAUUUGAUUAUAACCAACAAAAAGAAGAUGUAAUGACUUUACCAGGUGAUGGAUGGUACAUACAAUCAUCGUACAAUGAGACAACCAAUACAUGUUAUAUGGGUGGUCAAAAUGAAGUAGCAAAUCAAUAUGCUCAGAUGGUAGUUGCCACCUAUAACUCGGUGACUGGAGAUACAACAACAAACACCAUUAAAUUUGAUAUUCCUGAUAGUUGUUACUACUCUACGGUAAUGUAUCAAUACAACUCACUAUUCUAUUCUGCAUUGACUGCUGGUACGGGUUAUUGUCCAGGGUAUGUAUUUCAAGUCGAUAUUGUUGGAAACACUACGACUUUAAUAGCCACCAUCCCAACUGUUGACACCUUUCCAAUCAAUGGUGGUAAGAGUUUUGUAUUCGAUCCCGUCAAUGGCUAUCUAGCCAUGGUUGCCACAAACUAUGAAGAUUUUUCAAAGCUGGAAAUUUGCAUGGUCAAUCUCAAUACCUAUCAAGUUGAUCUCUAUGCUAUACCAAACGCACUUGUCCUUCAAAUAAGAACUGAAGACGAGUUUUUAAUGACCCUUUCCUAA